AUGACAAGAAAUAAGGGCCAAUCGACUCAACGAGCCCGUAACGGUGUUAUGAAGUCGAUCAGUGCACGAUCAAUGGAAAGAGCAAUCAACAAGUUCAAGAAUUUGAUCACUUCAAAAACACAAGCAGGUGUAAAUGCUUCCAAUGUCCUUCCUCUUCAAAAUGGCUUUAACUCUUCUUCGACAAUAAAAGCAAUUGAUGGAUUGGAGACAAUUCGCCAGUAUAGCUCGGCUUCUUUUAGAGAAAACGCACAGCAAUCUAGUGACUAUGGUCAGCUUUGGGAGCAUUUCUUGGUUGAGGAUCUCUCAUCAGAUGCUGAAAUAUGUUCUGGAGUCCCAGCUUUCAAACUUGUAAAAGCAUUCAAGUCGUUUUACUCUCGUUUUUCUGGUACUUCUAGUUCUUCUAAUGUUGAAUUGACAAGUCUCCUUUUUGAAAGUGCCGCUCGCUUAUGGAAGGACAACUAUGUAUAUUCUUCAGUAAUGGAUCGCCACAAGAAAAACCUGAAGAAUCCUGGUCAAAGAAGUGUAUUUUGGUAUGUCGGCUUCGUACAUUGUUACUUGUCCCAUGUGCAAGAUGGGGUGCUGCACUUUUUGGCAAUUGCAGAAGUCAUGUGCAUGCAUGCAAUCGAAGGUGAGACUGGGAUUCCGGUUGUUGGUAGAAGUCGAAGGGCUUUAAGGGAUAGAAAGUUUGUCGUGUUUUCUGUGGAGGGGGAGGUGCGGUCAGUUGAACUUGUUCAGUAUUCGGCAAAUGCUGACAAGUUCAAAAUCAUCUGGCCGUACAUGAAGUACAAGAACUGUUUGUAA